CUCAUUGAAGAUAGCAUUAGCGAUUCUAAGACCGAAAAGAAACGCUCUGCUUUCAUUCUGGACAAGACUGGGGCUUCAUGAAGUACAACCAGCAUUGGAGAAACACCGCAACCCGGUCGCUCGAACGCAUGACUGGGCUGAACAGUCUUAGCGAUGAGCUCAAACUUCAGUCUGCUCGCUGCAUAGACCGUGGUCUGUCUUUCUGUCAGCCUGACAUUGGCUGUCCAAUCUCCAACAUCAUACCCAAGUGGAUUGAGCUGGUGUACCUUGGUUCAAGAACCAUCACGAAAGGCACAUCGGAUUCAAGGUAUUUUGCAGGCGCUAUCACUGGGAAGCCUGACUUAAUCAUAUAUGUAAAGGCUGGAGUCAAUACCUCCGAACGCGACUACGACCAGUGAAAGACGUUAACUCUCGCAACAACGAUGGCUCCGGCAAAGGCCUUAUAAACGACCACCAACCGUCUUCGAAAACUACGACGCAAGGCAAUAUAUAUACGCGAUGGAAGCCAACCUCGUCAAGGAUGCCUUGGCACAUCGGAAGCCACAGGACUGGACAUUGGAAGCCCCAGGAAUGAGAGGACAA